CUACUGACUUUAAGCACGACUGUUAUUCGAGCGGACGAGUCAAGGCACGAAAAUGGCUUUUUCUGGUUUCCAUGUAUUCAUGAUUAUGGUGCACGUAGUUGUUGUAUUUCAGUCAGCAAAUUCUCUCAGUUGUAACAAAUGCACGAGUGAAACGUCGUGGGCAGAUUGCAACUCAAAGAUGAAUAAAUUCGACUGUCCAUCGGGGUCACCCAACUGUGUCACAGGUACAGCGACCUGUACUUCACUAGGUGAGGAUACAAAAACCGUCUAUUACAAGAGGUGUGGCGCUCCAGGAGAUGAUUGUGGCCCCAAAGCUGACGAUACUCCAACCUGCUCAUCUUCGUCAUCCAUAGGUUGGUCGUACUCGUCCGCCAACAGCUGCUGUUCAGGAGAUAAUUGCAACUCUGGGUCAUUCCAUAGAAUCAACAAAGCGGGUCUGGGAAUGUGUCUGGCAAUAAUCGUAUUGGCUCUACGUCUGAUACUUGCUGAGCGUUUCUAAGACAAUAUUUUCCUAAACAUGCUGUCGCUGUAUGAUCCAUUUUAAGAGCAGGAAAACUAUUAGAAUCUUGAUUCAACCUAACAUAAUUAAGUAGGUAGCGCACAAAAAUAUGAAUAUAUUGGUGGAAAAGAA